AAACAUUUUCGCGCUCUAUUAUUGUGCCUGGACGUUCGUAAAGUGCCACUUCUCUCCUACCAGCAAGGGCCCCUAAAAACGGUGCGUAGCGGUGCGGCGCGUCUGCUGUUUCGUGACUGCCAAGACUGCUUUGGGGCCGUUGCCUUCAGCUUCGAGGCUGUGGACGACGAAGCAGCCAGCUGUCAACACCAUCAUCUCCAUCGUCCACCCUUCCAUCCCCUACUCCCGUCCCCUCCCCUCUAUGCAUCAUGAGAUACCUUAAGGGCAUACUGCUGCCCGCCUUGCUGGUAUUGGCAUCGUUCGCCUCGGCCAAGAAGGACGCACCUCUCAUCGAAACCACGCCUUUUGAUCGCGAGCUCAUUAGCCUCUUGUAUUUUGAUGAUUCCGAGGUCAUCCUGUCCUUCGAAUUCGACACUGGUCGAAUAUGGCGGUCUAAAGACUCUGGGAAGAAAUGGGAACAGAACAAGGACAUCCAGACGCUCGGCAUCCUUAAAAAUCCCUUCAACAACAAGGUUGCCAUAGCCGUUGGCCAAACGAAACACUAUAUUACAUACGACCAGGGCGAGAGCUGGAAUGAGUUCGACACAGAGUUUCCUCCGUCUAUGUUCGGGUCUGGGACACCUGUUAGUUGGCACCGAGACGAUUCUAAGAAGAUUCUCUUCAGCACGUUGGAGGACUGCAUAACUGCACCGUGCCUUGGAAGGACGUUCUACACAGAAGAUGGCUUCAAGUCAAAACCGAAACUCCUUCGCAGCGAUCGCAAAAUGUGCAUGUGGGCUAGAAGUUCGGAUCGAUUCCUCCUGGAAAGCGACAAGCACCAGAACCGCAUACUGUGCAUAACGAAGGGUAAAUACUCCGACAGGCCUAAAGAUUUUAGGCUUCUGAUGUCUGAUAAUUAUUUCAAGGACGGCGACGAAAAGGAGCCUGUAAUGUCAUCUGGCCGGACUGUCUCUGGAAUGGCGAACAUGGCAUCCGUCAAAGGCUACCUAGUAGCUGCCGCCAAAUCUGAUCACUCUAGAGAACUUGCCCUUUAUGUCACGGAUGAUACUGAGAUAUGGCAUCGAGCUGAAUUUGGAGAGGGAAAGAUAGAGGAAGACGCUUAUACCAUUCUUGAGUCAACAAACUAUAGUAUUCAGGUUGACGUGGUGACCCAGAGGCUAGCCUACGUUGGUUCUCUAUACACCAGCAACUCCAACGGAACAUAUUUCACAAAGAACAUUGAUCACACCAACCGCAGCCCGGAUGGAUACGUCGACUUUGAGAAAGUAGCCAAUAUUCAGGGUAUUGUUCUGGUCAACGUCGUUGACAAUGCGGACGAGCUGGCAACGGGAGCACGCAAGAAAAUCAAGUCGAAAAUCAGCUUUGAUGAUGGGAGAACGUUCGAGUCUCUCAAGGCUGGAGACGACGAGAUUCAUUUGCACUCGGUUACCGACCUCUCAAACAGUGGGAGAGUGUUUUCUAGCCCCGCUCCAGGUAUUGUUAUGGGAAUUGGCAAUACCGGAGACUUUCUGGGUCAAUAUACUGAUGGCGAUCUCUAUGUCUCGGACGACGCAGGGCUGACUUGGACCCUAGCUUUGCAAGAAGCGCACAAGUACGAAUUUGGUGAUCAAGGGUCCGUCUUGGUAGCCGUGUUCGAUGAAGGGGAGACAGACGAGAUUCAAUAUUCACUCUCUCACGGUCAACCGAAGUCGUGGAAACCGAUCAAACUCAAUUUUAAAUUUCGGGCUCGUGAGCUCACUACUGUCCCAGAUUCAACCAGUCUCAAAUUUGUCCUCUACGGCACGAGGAGCAAGAAGGGCGGAGGCAGAGAAUAUGUUAUAGUUCAUCUGGACUUUGCAGAGCUUCACGAGAGUGAAUGCAAGGACAGCGACUUCGAGCCAUGGGAAGCCCGCAAUGGGGAAUGCAUUAUGGGCCAGAAGCAAGUCUUCCGUCGACGGAAACGGGAUGCCGAGUGUUUCAUCAAUGAAGAGUUCAAGGAUCCCGUUCCAGUUCCCGAGCCCUGCGAAUGCGACGCAGUCAAAGAUUUUGAAUGCGACUUCAAUUUUACACCAAGCGGCACGGGUAACGAUAAAGAGUGCACACCCUCCGGAGCGUUGACUCUCCCCAAAGGAGCGUGCGAAGGCGACGCAAAGACCUAUAAGGGGCCUUCUGGUUGGAGGAAGAUUCCAGGAAACCAAUGCAAAGGCGGCAAGACUGAUAAACUCGAUGAUAUCGAACGGGAUUGCGACGAGUGGAAGAAGAAACCGCAAAGCAAUAAGAUCACUACCAAAUUCACGAGCUUCAAAGGCUCCAAAUUCCUUGAAUAUUAUUAUCUCGAGCGCGGUACCCGGAGCCAGGAUCAUGACGAGACCGUAGUCAUGCUCACGGACCAGCGUGAAGCAUGGAUUACGCACAACCACGGCAAGGAAUGGACCAAAGCAGUUAAGGAUGACGUUGUAGCGAUCUACCCUCACCAGUAUAACAACGACCGAGUGUAUUUUCUCACUGGUUCCAAGAAAGUUUGGUAUUCAGUUGACCGUGGCAUGAGGGACAGCAUUCAUUCAUUCAACGCGCCGACCAUGCCCAACACUGAGACCCUUCAGAUCAUGCAAUUUCACCCCCACGAAUCUGAUUGGAUAAUCUGGAUCGGGGGUGAACAUUGCAAGAAAGUUAACGACCCGGAAUGCCAUACCCUCGCGUCUGUUUCUCGCAAAAAUGGCCUGGAUUGGGAAAAUCUUAUGCCCUUUGUCAAGAAAUGUGCUUUCGUUUGGAGGGAGGAAGGACGUGCAGAAAAGCAGGAGCUGAUCUUCUGCGAGCAACAUACCAAGGAAGAGAUGGGUGCACCACUUGAACUCCUCUCAAGUGAUGACUGGUUCAAGACCAAGGAAGUCAAGUUCAAGUCUGUGGUAGAGUUCGCAACGAUGUCCGAAUUCAUUAUAGUUGCAACUAAGGGAGGUGAAGAUGGCAAGUCGUUGAAGGUUGACGCCAGCUUGGAUGGCUCCACCUUUGCCGAUGCAAAAUUUCCGCCAAAGUUCAAUGUCGAUCAUCAAACUGCGUAUACGGUUUUGGAUAGUUCAACCCAUUCGAUAUUCCUUCACGUUACCGUCAAUCCUCGCCGAGACCAAGAGUACGGCUCUAUCAUCAAGAGUAACAGCAAUGGAACGUCAUACGUGCUUAGUCUUAACGCAGUCAAUAGGAACACUAAAGGUUAUGUCGACUUUGAGAAGAUGCAGGGCAUUGAGGGUGUGGCUCUGGCCAAUGUUGUGGCAAACCAGGAGGAGGUGGAUGGUGGAGCCAAGAAGAAGAAGAAGACUGUGAUCACUCACAACGACGGCGCAGACUGGAUCUCACUCAAAGCCCCUGAAAUAGACUCCUUGAACAAUGAGUACAGUUGCGACGUUACGGAGACGAAGAAGUGCUCUUUGCAUCUCCAUGGCUAUACUGAGCGCGGCGACCCGAGGGAAACUUUCUCAUCUCCGACCGCCGUGGGGAUAAUGAUGGGAGUUGGGAAUGUUGGCGAACAUCUUGAUACAAUCGGCGAGGCAUCCACCUUCAUUACCACAGACGCAGGCAUUACAUGGAAAGAGGCAAAAAAGGGAACGUAUGUGUGGGAAUUCGGCGACCAAGGCUCAGUCAUUGUCCUUGUCCGAAGAGGGGAAGACACAAACCAUCUCUUUUACUCCGUUGACCUUGGUGAGUGGAAAAGAUUCGAUUUCGCCGAUAGACGUAUUCGGGUUGACGCCAUCACCACGGUUCCGAGCGAUACGUCUCUCAACUUUCUCAUCUGGGGUAAAGAUGGAAAAGAGCUAGUCACCAUCAAUGUGGACUUCUCUGAUCUUAAGGAAUUCAAAGAACAGUGCAAAUUAGACGAGGAGAACCCCACGGCCGGUGAUUACGAGCUUUGGACCCCACAGCACCCAAUUCUAGAUGACCAACAGCAAUGUCUGUUUGGGCACGUUGCUGAGUAUCACCGCAAGAAACGUGAUUCAAAAUGCUUCAACGGAAUGAAGAUUGAUCAUUUGCACGAAAUCAAGGAGAACUGUUCCUGCACUCGACGCGAUUUCGAGUGCGACUUCAAUUUCGAACGCCUCCCUGGCGGAGAAUGCAAACGCAUCGAAGGACUGGAACUCCCCGAUGCGCAAGCAGUCUGCAAAAAUAAAGGCGUUAAAGAAUACUGGGAAAUCACUGGCUACCGCAAGAUCCCCAUUUCAACGUGCGUGGGCGGCAAAGAAAUGGAACACACAUCCAGAAACCACCCAUGUCCUGGCUACGAAGACGAAUUCCAAAAGAAACAUGGUAUCACCGGCUUCGGACUUUCCAUGGCUAUCGUCAUUCCCUUCAUCACGGCUGGUGGCAUCGGGUACUACAUUUGGCGCAACUGGGAUGGGAAGUUUGGUCGCAUUAGAUUAGGCGAUAACGUCCCAUCGCUUGAUAGCGAAAGUCCUUGGGUUAGCUGGCCGGUGGCGGCGAUCUCGGGGCUCGUGGCUGUAGUGGCGGCGGUGCCGUUGUUGAUCGGGAGUCUGUGGAAGAUGGUGAGUUCAAGAUUCGGAGGAUAUGGUGGACGAACAUAUACAAGUAGGAGUUCAUUUGCGAGAGGGAGAGGGGACUAUGCAGUUGUGGAUCCUGAUGAAGGGGAGCUUUUGGGGGAGGAUAGCGACGAGGAUGUGUAGUGGAGUAUCGUGUAAUUUUGAGCGCUAGGCACAAGGGGUUGGUAUUCGUUCACUAGUUUGGGUCUACAAAGUAGUCUAGAUUUUUUUUUUUUUUUUUUUUUUUUUUUUU